AUGCAGUCAACUAAACCCUUUGUGCUCUUCUUCAAUCCGGUCAAGUUCGCCCGCCCCUUCUACGAGCAGCUCCAGAAAGUGGCGCAUACAGAGGUUGUGACCAGUCGAAAUCGGACAGAAUUCUUCCAAGACUUGCAGGACAAGUACAGGAAUAUCUUUGCCAUUUACCGCACUUCCUCCAGCGGCGCUGUUGCCGGCAAGUUCGAUACAGAGUUCAUCAACCGACUACCCCCGAGCUGCAAAUAUAUCUGUCACAACGGCGCUGACGCCUGCGCCAAGAGAGGCAUCGUGGUCACCAAUGCGCCAGAUCCCGUUACCGAUGCCACGGCCGACUUGGCCGUCUUCCUGCUCCUCGGGGCACUGCGUCAGUUGAAUCCCGCCAUGAACUCGCUGCGAGCUGGCAGAUUCAAGACAGGUGUCGCCGUCGGCAAUGACCCGCAGGGUAAGGUGCUCGGCAUCCUAGGCAUGGGACGCAUUGGCCGUGCGAUCAAGAAACGGUGCGAUCCCUUCGGUUUGAAGACAGUCUACCACAACCGAACUGUAUUGGCACCGGAGCAAGCUGCAGGUGCGGAAUAUGUCUCGUUUGACAAAUUACUGGCCGAAAGUGAUAUUAUCAGCGUGAAUGUGCCGCUGACGGGGCAGACGAAGCAACUCAUUGGCGCGGCGGAGCUGGCGAAGAUGAAGCGCGGCGUUAUCAUCGUGAACACGGCCAGAGGUGCGAUUCUCGAUGAGGCGGCGUUGGCAGAUGCCCUAGAGAGCGGGCAUGUUGGGGCCGCAGGACUGGACGUCUAUGAGCGGGAACCGGAGGUGAAUGAAAAGCUCCUUAAGCAAGAGAGGGCCCUGAUGGUGCCCCAUGUCGGCACGCACACGGCAGAGACCCUGGCAAAGAUGGAGACUUGGGCAAUGGAGAAUGCGCGGCGGGCAAUCACUGGAGAGGCCCUCUUGUCGCCGGUCCCUGAGCACCAGGGGCUAGCACUGCAGGCGCGAAGUAGAGUCUAG